GUGUGUGUGCCGCUGAGUCUGUGUGCAGUGGGUGUGGGUGUUUGUCUCCCUGUAUCCGCCUUCUCUCCCGUUCUGGACUUUUAGCCUUGCUGGGCUCCUUUUCCCCAUGUCCAACGCCCUCCCUCUCGGGGCUCGGAUGAGGUGCCCUAGUGGAGGAGGGGGGCACACUCCAGGAGCCUAGUCCAACCCCAGACGCUGCCUGAGGCUUCCCUCCAGCUCCCCCUCCCUUCCUUUUCUCCCUUUCCUCCCUCCCUCUCUUUCCUCUCCUCCCUCCCCCCCCCCAGGCUGGCGUGCCAGGGGGUGGGACAUGCCAAUCACUGGCUGUGCCUCUCCGGCUGCCAGCACAGGGCGCAGCUCCCCCCGGGAGCCAGGUGUUUGGGUCCCUGGAGACGCCGCCGGCCCCCGGGGAGGCAGUGGGGCUGAGGACCCUACAGACCCCUCUCCAGUCCCAUGGGAACCCCGAAUCCUACCACCCCCAUCCACCUUCAGCCCCCCCGAGAUGGACUGAACCAGGUUGCCGGCCAGACGGACAAGCUGGAUGCCAAGGUGAUGACCUCCCCCUGAGGAAGCCCUGUAGUGUGAUUAGAGGGCCCAGCCCCACCCGGCCGACAUGAAUACCUCGGCCCCACCCGCCGUCAGCCCCAACAUCACGGUUCUGGCACCGGGAAAGGGUCCCUGGCAAGUGGCCUUCAUUGGGAUCACCACGGGCCUCCUGUCCCUGGCCACAGUGACGGGCAACCUGCUGGUCCUCAUCUCCUUCAAGGUCAACACUGAGCUCAAGACAGUCAACAACUACUUCCUGCUCAGCCUGGCCUGUGCUGACCUCAUCAUCGGUACCUUCUCCAUGAACCUCUAUACCACAUACUUGCUCAUGGGCCACUGGGCUCUGGGCACCCUGGCCUGCGACCUCUGGCUGGCCCUGGACUACGUGGCUAGCAAUGCCUCCGUCAUGAACCUGCUGCUCAUCAGUUUUGACCGCUACUUCUCCGUGACCCGGCCCCUGAGCUAUCGAGCCAAGCGCACGCCCCGCCGGGCGGCCCUGAUGAUCGGCCUGGCCUGGCUGGUUUCCUUCGUCCUCUGGGCCCCCGCCAUUCUCUUCUGGCAGUAUCUGGUAGGGGAGCGGACAGUGCUGGCCGGGCAGUGCUACAUCCAGUUCCUCUCCCAACCCAUCAUCACCUUUGGCACAGCCAUGGCCGCCUUCUACCUCCCCGUCACGGUCAUGUGCACGCUCUACUGGCGCAUCUACCGGGAGACGGAGAACCGGGCCCGGGAGCUGGCGGCCCUGCAGGGCUCCGAGACGCCUGGUAAGGGGGGCGGCAGCAGCAGCAGCUCAGAGCGGUCCCAGCGGGGGACUGAGGGCUCCCCAGAGACCCCUCCAGGGCGCUGCUGUCGCUGCUGCCGGGCCCCCCGGCUGCUGCAGGCCUACAGCUGGAAGGAAGAAGAGGAAGAAGAUGAAGGCUCCAUGGAGUCCCUCACGUCCUCAGAGGGUGAGGAGCCUGGCUCUGAGGUGGUGAUCAAGAUGCCCAUGGUGGACCCCGAGGCGCAGGCCCCCGCCAAGCAGCCCCCCCGGAGCUCUCCCAACACAGUCAAGAGGCCGACCCGGAAGGGGCGCGAGCGAGCAGGCAAAGGCCAGAAGCCCCGUGGGAAGGAGCAGCUGGCCAAGCGGAAGACCUUCUCGUUGGUCAAGGAGAAGAAGGCGGCUCGGACCCUGAGCGCCAUUCUGCUGGCCUUCAUCCUCACCUGGACACCAUACAACAUCAUGGUGCUGGUGUCCACUUUCUGCAAGAACUGUGUUCCCGAGACCCUGUGGGAGCUGGGCUACUGGCUGUGCUACGUCAACAGCACCAUCAACCCCAUGUGCUACGCACUCUGCAACAAAGCCUUCCGGGACACCUUCCGCCUGCUGCUGCUCUGCCGCUGGGAAAAACGUCGCUGGCGCAAGAUCCCCAAGCGCCCCGGCUCCGUGCACCGCACCCCCUCCCGGCAAUGCUGAGGGCCCCUCGCCUGCGCCCCGCCACCCCAGUCCAGUCCCCGGGAGGGCCGGGGAGGAAGCGGGCAGGGGAUGCGACCUCAGACCCAGGGCCCUGCUCAGCCUUCACCGGGCUUCGCAGGCCCCUAGGUCACCUUCCCGGACAGCCCAGACAGACCCUGCCAACUUUCCAAACUUCGCCCUUCCCAGCUAGGGAAUGAACCCGGGGAACUGGUUUUUCUGUUCCCUGCUGGGUGGGAAUGGGCUCUUCACCCGGAAGAAGGCUUUGGGGGGGAGGGGGGAGCCGGGAGGAGGCUCCAGGCUUCGGAUCCCUUGUUUGCCUUCUGGCAGGAAGUCCUUUAGGGAGCCAGCAGGGCGGGCCAGGAGAAAGAAGGUUUACAUUUCAAUCAUCCCUGGCCGGGGGCUGGCCCGGAUUGCGGUGGGAGAUGGCACCCCCUGGGGCAACAGCAGGGAACUGACACCCACCACUGAGGGAAAAGCUUGGCUCCUAGGGAGCGGUACCCCCCACCUCCCCCAGCUGGGGAUCCCCUCCCUCUGCAGGCAGAACCCACUCUGCGGGGGGCGGGAGGGGGGCUCAGCACACUCUCCAGGAUUGUUCAGCCUCCCUGCAAAUGUCCCCAGAGCGUCCCUAUGUGAGUCACCCCCAAGGCAAAGGUCCAAACAUCAGCCAGGACAAUGACACCAGAAGAGACCAGAUGGGCUAGUCACACACCAAGUCCCGAGGCAGCCGCAGGACCAGGCACCAGGUGUCCUGAUUGUCUCACUAUGGAGUUUCCCUGGGAGUGAGGGGCAGGGGUCCCUGCUGUCCCGCCCCACACCUAUGCCCUCUGCUCCAGAGAAACCCUCCGCCCCUCCCUCCCUGGCUCACAGCCGCCACCUGGACAGGUCUGCUCCAUGCAGCUCUAGCCAGGCCUCCCGCAUGCUGCCUGCUUCCGGCCGGCCCCACACAGGCCUGGCCCGGCCCACGGGUCCUCUCCUGUGAGCUCCCAGUCCAACCCAUGCAUGGCCUCCCAGCCGCCCUUAUCUCCAGGCCCAGUCUGACCCCACAUGUUCUUUCCUUCCAUCCUCAGCAAGUGCUGAGUCUGUGAAUAAAGCCACGUGACUAGUGGGC